AUGCCAACGUGUUCUUCUUGUAAUAAGUUCUUUGAAAGCCGGCAAGCAUUGGGUAAUCAUAUGAAAAAACAUUUAGAUGACAGCGAAGAUGAUUCACCUUCAUCUAAUCAACCGAUUUAUAGAACUUCCCAAAAAUUAAUUGAAAUAACCACUAAAUUUCUUAAUGAGCAAAACAUGUCUAAAAGACAAAACAUACCUGAACAAACUGAAAUAAGUAAUAAAAGAACACAAUUCGAAUGCAACUUAGACGAUAGUCAAGAAAUGGAUAUUUUGAAUGUAGAUGAACCUAAUAUAAGAAAAGACCUUGAUGUACAACUUUACAACCAUAAAAGUGCUUACUUAAAUUAUAACGAAUCUACUGAAGGACAAGACGUAGAAUUUUUCGAAUUUACUGAAGGACAAGAUGUAGAAUUUUUUAGUUCUGCAGAUGAUUCCCAAAGCAGUAACACAUCUGAUAAUGAAUACAUAAUGUCCGAUCUGUCAGACACUACAGACAUUGAUGCUAAUGAAUAUAUUGAAUAUGAUCAUUUGUUUUCUGGAAAGUCAAAGGAUUCCGAAGACAUAUAUCAGGAAUUCCCAUCAGAGGAAUACGCUGAAUUUAUGAAUAUAGUAACACGGUUCCGUGUGCAAGAUUCACUUGCAAAUAUCUUUAUAAGAUUCUUCAAUAAAUACUCGAAUCGUAACGAUUACCCACUUCCAACAACAUCGCAAGUUGGGAAAACUUUUAUUGAAAAUCUCAAACUUCCAGGCUUCGGAUGGAGAAAAGAAGUUAUUUAUAAGUAUGAAGG